UCCUUUCCUCACCGCCAUCCCAUCCCUCCCCCUCCUUCCCCUGCAGCCGCCGCACCACUCACCCACCACCCGCGUAAUCGCCGCCGCCGUAUCCUCGCCGGCUUCAGCGUUUUCUUCUUGCGCAGAGCCCGAGACCGCCACAGUAUAGUGGUGAGGAUCCCUCCAUCGGGCCGGGCGCCCCCGCCGCGCGCAGAGCAGCGGAAGCGGAGGGGGAUUGCAUGAGACAUGUGAGCCGGCUGUCGCGGCGACGGCGCUGGUGGUGAUGCUCCUGACCUCCGUCCUGCGGGGUCGCGUCCGCCACCUCCGCCGGCCCCGCCCCCUGACCAUGCCCACCCCCCUCUUCCUCUCCAGAAACCCUAAUCCUAGCCCCAGCGCGACUAACCCCCACCUCCCAUCGGACCCCAGGUCCGCCGCCAUGAGCACCAGCGGAGUCUACGUGCCGCCGAUGCGGCGGCUCCGCUCGGUUAUCGCUUCCACCAACGGGAGCCUCGCGCCACCUCCGUCCGCCGCGGCGCAGGCCCAGCAAGCGGCGCGGACGCCGGAGUGGCCGAUGGACGAGCGUUCGCUCAGCCCCCCGUCGCCGCCUCAGCCGCGGCAGCGCGAUAUACCUCCCCUGCCGCGGCCACCCCAGCCAGAGCAUUUCCGGCAGCAGAGCGCUGGGUAUGCCCGCUACGCUUACGAUGAUUUCUCUGAGGAUGACUCGGAUCGGGAGAUGGACCGUACAUCAGUCUCAAGCAAGGGUGGAUCCACUUUAGAUAAUGUUGAUGAAUGGAAAUGGAAACUGCACAUGCUUCUCCGUAAUGAUGAUGAACAAGAGAUUAUAUCAAGGGAAAGAAAGGAUAGGCGAGAUUUUGAACAACUUGCCCAACUUGCUGACCGAAUGGGUUUGCACAGCCGUCAGUAUUCUAGAGUUGUUGUGUUCAGUAAGGUUCCAUUGCCUAAUUAUAGAUCGGAUCUUGAUGACAAAAGACCUCAAAGAGAGGUAUCUAUACCUUCUGGUUUGCAAAGAGAAGUUGAUGCUUUGCUUGCAGACUACCUUGCACGAAAGAGAACAAACAGUGGGAACUUCCCUAGUGCAGCCUUCUCAAGGUCAAGCAGCACAGACAGUUUUGCAACUGAUGAAGGCUUCUUUGAUCAGCAAGAUAAUCAAACUUCCACUAGUGCUGUCAUGGAGAGAAUCCAAAGAAGGAAAAGCCUACAAUUGCGGAACCAGCAGGCUGCUUGGCAGGAAUCGAAUGACGGUCAAAGCAUGAUUGAGUUUCGUCGCAGUCUUCCUGCUUAUAAAGAAAAGCAAACUUUAUUGGAAGCAAUAUCACAGAAUCAGGUUGUUGUAGUUUCAGGUGAGACUGGCUGCGGUAAGACUACACAACUACCGCAGUACAUUUUAGAAUCUGAAAUCGAUGCUGCUCGUGGUGCUACGUGCAGUAUUAUUUGCACUCAACCAAGAAGAAUAUCAGCGAUUGCUGUGUCUGAAAGAGUUGCUGCUGAAAGGGGAGAGAAAAUUGGUGAAUCGGUUGGCUACAAAGUUCGACUGGAAGGCAUGAGAGGAAGGGAUACACGCCUUCUUUUCUGCACCACUGGUGUCCUGUUGCGGAGAUUGCUGGUGGACAGAAACUUGAAAGGUGUUACCCAUGUUAUUGUUGAUGAAAUCCAUGAGAGGGGCAUGAACGAAGAUUUUCUUCUUAUUGUCUUAAAGGACCUUCUUCCACGCCGUCCUGAGCUAAGGCUUAUAUUGAUGAGUGCAACCCUUAAUGCUGAGCUCUUCUCCUCAUACUUUGGUGGAGCACCCAUGAUACAUAUACCUGGUUUUACAUAUCCUGUUCGGAAUCAUUUUCUGGAAGAUAUCCUUGAAUUUACUGGACAUCGAUUGACUCCGUACAAUCAAAUUGAUGACUAUGGUCAAGAAAAAAGUUGGAAGAUGCAAAAACAAGCUCUACGAAAGAGGAAGAGCCAAAUCGCUUCUGCUGUGGAAGAUGCAGUUGAAGCUGCUGAUUUGAGGAACUAUAGUCCGCGAACUCGUGAUUCUCUAUCAUGUUGGAAUCCUGAUUCGAUUGGUUUUAAUUUAAUAGAAAAUGUUUUAUGCCAUAUUUGUCAAAAGGAACGACCUGGUGCUGUUCUUGUAUUUAUGACUGGGUGGGAUGACAUUAAUGCACUAAAAGAGCAGCUGCAAGCAAAUCCAUUACUUGGAGAUCCAAGCAAAGUUUUGCUGCUCGCUUGUCAUGGCUCUAUGGCCAGUUCAGAGCAGAAAUUAAUAUUUGAUAAGCCUGAGCCUGGAGUAAGGAAAAUAGUUCUUGCCACCAAUUUGGCUGAAACUAGUAUUACUAUCAACGAUGUUGUUUUUGUUGUUGACUGUGGCAAAGCAAAAGAGACAUCUUACGAUGCACUGAAUAAUACUCCCUGUUUGCUUCCGACAUGGAUCUCCAAGGCUUCUGCCAGACAAAGACGGGGACGAGCUGGCCGAGUCCAACCGGGGGAGUGCUACCAUCUUUAUCCACGAUGUGUAUAUGACUCAUUUGCUGACUACCAGUUACCAGAACUUCUACGAACCCCUCUCCAGUCCCUCUGUUUGCAAAUAAAAAGCUUGAGGCUGGGAAGUAUAUCAGAAUUUUUAUCCAGAGCUUUGCAGUCACCAGAAUCUCUAUCAGUUCAAAAUGCCAUUGAAUAUCUUAAAGUCAUUGGAGCAUUUGAUCAGAAUGAAGAGUUGACGGUUCUUGGAAAACACCUGUCUAUGCUUCCAGUUGAACCUAAGCUAGGCAAGAUGCUUAUUUUUGGGGCUAUUUUUAAUUGUCUGGACCCAAUAUUAACCAUAGUUUCUGGACUUAGUGUUAGAGACCCUUUCUUGACUCCCUUCGACAAGAAAGAUCUUGCAGAGUCAGCUAAAUUACAGUUUUCAUGCCGGGACUACAGUGACCAUCUUGCACUUGUUCGUGCAUAUGAAGGAUGGAGGGAGGCUGAACGAGAUCGUGCUGGCUAUGACUACUGCUGGAAAAAUUUUCUUUCCGUGCAAACCUUGAAAGCAAUAGAUUCCCUUCGGCGGCAGUUUCUCUUUCUUCUGAAGGAUACUGGUUUGGUUGAUGAAAACUUAACUUUGUGCAAUAAAUGGAGCCGUGAUGAAAAUCUAGUUCGAGCGGUAAUUUGUGCAGGGCUAUAUCCUGGUAUUUCUUCUGUUGUGAACAAGGAGAAAUCAAUUUCCCUCAAGACAAUGGAGGACGGACAGGUUAUGCUUUAUUCGAGUUCGGUCAAUGGUAAAGAAGCAAAGAUUCCAUUCCCCUGGCUAGUUUUCAAUGAGAAGGUGAAGGUGAAUUCUGUUUUUCUCCGGGAUUCAACUGCUAUAUCUGAUUCUAUACUCUUGCUAUUCGGGGGCAAUAUAAAACAAGGUGGCUUGGAUGGACACUUAAAAAUGCUUGGUGGUUAUCUGGAAUUCUUCAUGAGUCGUGAUCUUGCAUCCACUUACUUGAGUCUAAAGAAUGAGCUCGAGAAUUUAAUCCAUUGCAAGCUCCAAAACCCAAGGAUGGAUAUCCAAACGAGUGAAGAGUUGCUAUCAGCCAUCCGUUUGCUGGUCACUGAGGACCCAUGCAGCGGCCGGUUUGUUUACGGCCGACAGGAGCAAAGAUCCAAGAAAGCAAAGACGAUGCUCUCAUCAUCCUCCAUGAACGGCGGUGGUGGUAACGGCGGCGACAACGCCAAGAACCAGCUCCAGACCCUCCUGACCCGGGCCGGGAACGACAACCCGUCCUACAAGACAAAGCAGAUCAAGAACAGCCUCUUCAGGUCCACUGUCGAGUUCAACGGCAUGCAGUUCGUCGGGCAGCCGUGUGCGAACAAGAAGCUCGCCGAGAAGGAUGCCGCGGCAGAGGCACUGAACUGGCUCACAGGGAAUGGUGGAGGUGCAGCCACUGACUCUAGGGAUGCAGGGAAUGCGGAUCCGAUGUCCGUGCUGAUGAAACCACCGCGCAGGAGGCGGCAUAACCAUCGGAGGAGAAGCUGAUUAGAAGGUCAUGUUCUUCUUCUAUUUAUGUAGCAAUCAAGCAGCGUAGCUCAGGAUAGGAGCUAGCGAGAAAAACUAUUAUAGAGUGGACAUGAAACGUGGCAAUAUUUUUGACGGGGAGUGCGUGGGAAUUUAGAGCACAGUACUCCAGACUGGGCAGCGAGUUGUGCGAUGACGUAGCAGAGGAGAACAACAGACAGGACGCUGGCUGUAACAAUGGAAGGCUGAUGAUCCAUUUUUCGUUGGAGCUACUUGAUUUAGGGCCUGUUUGGUUUGUGUUAACCAUGGCAAGCCCGAAACUAAUGCAUCUUCAUUGGUCGCAGAAAA